AUGGACGAAACCGGUAUUUCGACGACAUCAAACAAACCCCCUAGAGUACUAUCAAUAAAAGGAAAGAAACAGGUGGGCAUAAUUGCAAGUGCGGAGCGAGGUCAAUUAACGACUGUCAUCGGGUGUUGUAAUGCCGCUGGAUCAUUUCUACCACCCUUCCUGAUUUUCGCCAGAAAGAAAAUGCAACCCAGGCUUCUUGACGGUGCGCCUCCCGGAACUCAAGGUACUUGUACGCCAAGUGGUUGGACUUCAGGUGAGGUAUUUCUUGAUUGGAUGCAUUUCUUCGUAGAACAUGUACGUCCUAGCGCCGACAAAAAGGUACUUCUACUCUUGGACAACCAUGAGAGCCACAAAUAUUAUCCUGCUUUGGAAUAUGCAAGUAAGAAUAGCGUCAUAAUUUUAUCCUUGGCCCCGCAUACUACUCAUAAAAUGCAACCUAUGGAUGUGGCCGUCUACGGCCCACUGAAAACGUAUUUUGAACGAGAGAUUAAUACAUUCCAAAAGGCUCAUCCUGGACGCAUUGUAAAUCAGUACGACGUGGCCAGACUGUUAUCACCAGCUUUUCUGAAAAGUGCAGUCGCCAUAAAUGCAGUUCAUGGGUUUGAACGACCUGGAAUUUGGCCAGUGAACAAAUAUGCUUUUGGUGAUGAAGACUUUGAACCAGCGGAUGUGAUUGCAGGCAGAUCAAGUAUGAAUGUCAGCACAGUAGGCAUAGAUUCGAUACAAAUAAUAGAUAUUUCUGAUUCCGCUGCCUCUUCAACGCCUUCACCCUCACUUUCACAAGAAUACAAUUCGACAGUUGAUCCCCAUGCAGAAAUAGUUCUACCUCCAGGAAAAGCUACAAUUUGCGAAUUAUCUAAACCUCAACCUCAAGUCUCUGUUGCACCAAUUGUAGUUUCCCAAGAAUCUACUAAAACCUCAGAAAAUAUUAUUCACAGUGAAGUAUGCUCCAUUAUUACACUGGAACCAGAAACAGUGUCACUUAAAGCUUAUUCUACUUUGGAGCCAGAUGCUACAAAUAUUAAUGUUAUGCAUCCUUUAAAAAGUGAUGCAAUGUUACCAGGGACCUCAAAAAAUACUCGCUGUGAUGACCCACCGAAUCCGGAACCUGGAUGUUCAAACUUUCACUACAGUCCCGUAGUAUUAAGACCAAUACCAAAUCCAGAGAAACCAAUAACAACUCGUAAACGCAAAUUGCAAAAAUCGGAAAUUUUAACUAGUACACCUAUAAAAGAAGAGCAGAAGUUAAAAUUUGAAAAAAAUGCAGUUAAUAAUAUAAGUAAAAAACUAAAUGUAGAAUCAAAAAAAGUUUCAAUAAAGACUACUAAAAAACCUGUUAAAAAUAAUAAACAAUCAAAGAAAAUUAAGAAAUUUGAAGAUAUUGUAUGUUUUUUUUGCGGUGAAAUAUAUAUUGAAGAAAAUAAUCAUCCAAUUGAAAAUUGGGUUCGAUGUGUGCCUGUUUCAGAUGGUGUCACGAAGAAUGUUCCGCUUUCGAAGGCAUUGGAGAUUAUACAUGUGAUAAUUGCCAGUCUUAAUUUUUAA